AUCUGCAUCACCUUUACACAAGAAGGAGCUUGAUCUCAAUCUCCUUCUUUGCUCCUCAUUUUAUGAUUGGUCACCACCAUUCUUAUCUAGGCAUUGUUUUUUUCAAGAGUCAUGGAACAAUUUAGACAGAUUGGUGAGGCACUAGGGAGUUUGAAAUCUGUGAUGGUAUUCCGGGACAGCAUUCAAAUCAAUCAGAGGCAAUGUUGUUUGAUGUUUGAUGUGUUCAACUUUGCAUAUGAGUGUAUUGCAGAUGAGAUUAUACAAAACCUGAAAUUUGAAGAGAAGACUGGGAAGUGGAAGGUUCUUGAACAGCCCUUGAGAGAGAUCCAUAGGAUUUUUAAAGAAGGAGAAUCCUACGUUAGGCAUUGCAUGGAAACAAAAGAUUGGUGGGCUAAGGCCAUUACCAUGUGCCACAAUAGAGACUGUGUUGAGUUUCAUAUACAUAACUUGCUUUGUUGCAUGCCUGUUGUGAUUGAAGCCAUAGAGUCUGCAGGAGAAACAUCAGGGUGGGAUCAGGAUGAGAUGCAAAGGAAGAGGCUUAUAAACUCCAACAAGUACAGGAAAGAAUAUAGAGACAUGAAACUUUUCCAGUGGAAAUUUGGGAAGCAGUAUCUCAUCACUCAGGACUUAUGCAACCGGUAUGACACAGUUUGGAAGGAAGAUAGAUGGUUCCUUUACAACAAAAUUCAUGAAAAGAAAGUGGCAGGUAUAACAAAGCACGAGAAGAAAUUGAUAGAUUUCCUCUUGAGGAUUUUGGAAAGAUCAGAAUCAUUGGAAGAGAGGCUCCUCCCAAGCUCAAUAUUGAUUGGAUCCAAGGACUACCAGGUGAGGAGAAGAAUGGGGAAUAUGAGCCAGUACAAGGAGAUUUCAUGGUUAGGUGAAAGCUUUGUGAUAAGACAUUUUUCUGGGGAUAUUGAGGCUUUGGUACCUGAGAUCAGAGAACUUUUGUCUCUUUCACAUCCAAAUAUAAUGGACUACCUUUGUGGUUUCACUGAUGAGGAGAAGAAGGAGUGCUUUUUGUUGAUGGAACUGAUGAGCAAAACCCUUUCCACACACAUCAAAGAGAUUCAUGGUCCACGGAGGCGAAUACCGUUCUUGCUUCAUGUGGCAGUUGAUAUUAUGCUUCAGAUUGCCAGGGGAAUGGAGUAUAUGCAUUCAAAGAAAGUAUAUCAUGGAGAACUAAACCCUUCAAACAUUCUUGUUAAGUCUAGAGGUACAUCCCCAGAAGGUUACUUGCAUGCCAAGGUAUCUGGGUUUGGCCUAUCUUCUGUUAAGGACUUGAACCAAAGAGGGAACACAAACACCAACACAAACACAAAUCAGAAUGGAACUCUCCCUUUCAUAUGGUACUCUCCUGAAGUGCUUGAAGAGCAAGAACAAUCAGGGGGUGCAGCAAACUCCAACUCCAAGUACACAGAGAAAUCUGAUGUGUACAGUUUUGGAAUGGUUUGCUUUGAGCUUCUAACUGGCAAAGUCCCUUUUGAGGAUAGUCAUCUCCAAGGGGAGAAAAUGAGCAGAAACAUAAGGGCAGGAGAGAGGCCACUUUUCCCACUGAAUUCACCAAAGUAUGUUAUUAACUUGACAAAGAGAUGUUGGCAUAUUGAUCCCAAUCAACGUCCAACUUUCUCCACCAUAUGUAGAGUUCUUCGUUAUAUAAAAAGGUUUCUUGCAAUGAAUCCUGGUUACAUUAAUCAUCCAGAACAACCAGUGCCACCAGUAGAUUAUUGUGAUAUAGAGGCAGUGCUUCUGAGGAAGUUUCCUUCUUGGGGAAGUUCUGAAUCAUCACCAGUGUCAAUAAUUCCAUUUCAAAUGUUUGCCUAUCAAGUUAUAGAAAGGGAAAAGAUAAGUACAUGCCUUAAGGAUAACUCCGAGUCUGGAAGUGAGACUUCAGCAUGUGGUGAUGAACUUGUUACUUCUGGGGAUGAGCCAUUUCCUUCCACAAAUGAAAGGAAGUCUUUGCUUGGACAUGACAGUAUCAUGAACAGGAAAAUUACAUUGACCAGAAAAUCUCUUGAUUUGAAAUUCACCAAACAACCGAGUACACCGAAAGGGAAAUCAGCCAGACCUCCACAAAUGUCCCCUCGUGCACGAAGUCUGAGGCUUAAUUCAGAUAACCGCAUAAUAUCAAGUCCAAGGGCAAUAAGAAGAGUAUCUUCUGGUCAUGUCUCAGACUCUGAGCUUUCUUAG